AGAAUAGCUAUCUAUAUAUACAGACACACCUCCUCCUACUCCCAAUCAUAUCCUCGAUCUUCAUUAUACUUUCCGGGGGCUGACUUUCUCAAAGUUCUCAUUUUUUUCAAAGCUUGAGAUUUUCCUGGCGAUCCAGUUCUUCCCUUCCCUUGAAACGUCCACAAAUUUUCAUUGUCAAAGAAAUUGGUGUGGGGUUUGAUGGCUGUGAAAAAGAAAGGGUGUAUUGAAGGGAAUCUACCAGAGGGACUGCAGAAGUUGUUGGUUUCUUUAGCUGCAAAAUGGGGAGAUGGGCUAGAAGAUGAUGAACAUCUAGGUACCACCAUAAAGGUCAAACAUUUGACCGGUGCAAUGACUAAUCAGGUUUAUCAGAUUAGUUGGCCUGCAAAGAUGAGGGAUAGUUUGACCAGGAAAGUUCUUGUUCGGGUUUAUGGUGAAGGGGUUGACCUUUUCUUUGACAGGGAUGAUGAAAUCCGGACUUUUGAGUGCCUGUCGAACAAGGGCUAUGGACCUAAGCUUCUGGGACAGUUCCCCAAAGGCCGGAUUGAAGAGUUCAUUCAAGCCAGGACUCUAUCCGCGGAAGAUCUCCGGGACCCAAAAGUGUCUUCUCUAAUUGCAGCAAAAUUGAGGGAGUUUCAUACUCUUGAUAUGCCAGGUUCAAAGAAAGUUGUUCUUUGGGACAGACUUAGGAAUUGGCUAGACAAGGCAAAGAGUUUGUGUUCCAUGGAGGACGCAAAAGACUUCCGUUUGGACACUUUAGAAGACGAAAUCAAUUUUCUGGAAAAAGAGAUAACUGGCGAAUUCGAAGAGGUCGGUUUCUGUCACAAUGACUUACAAUACGGGAACAUUAUGAUCAAGGACAAUGCUAGUUGCAUUACAUUAAUCGAUUAUGAGUAUGCCAGUUAUAACCCGAUUGCUUAUGACUUCGCCAACCACUUCUGCGAAAUGGCAGCAAAUUAUCACACAGACACUCCUCAUGUCUUGGACUACACUAUGUACCCUUGCCGAGAAGAACGCCAUAGAUUCAUACGGUCCUAUCUGAGUUCUGCAGGAAACCAACCUAUUGAAGAGGAAGUAGAGAAGCUUGCAGAUAUUGUAGAGAAAUACACACUGGCAAACCACUUAUUCUGGGGAUUAUGGGGACUCAUCUCGGUAAAUUCUUCACUAUACCAAUGUUUGUCACGCUCUUAUGUAGUUAUGUUCCAUCGAUUAAUUACAAGAAAGCCUUAUCAUUCUUUUUAUUGUGUGUGGAUUCUCAGGCCUAUGUAAACAAUAUUGGCUUUGAUUAUAUGGAAUAUGCAAGGCAAAGAUUUGAGCAGUUCUGGAUGAGAAAGCCGCAAUUGAUCAAAUGAAUGAUUAGUGAGCAGAGGAGAAGAGAAGAUUUAUAUUAACAAUGACAUUUCAUCCCCUUUUUCAUUCAUACAGAAGAUAUAUGUAGCAUGCAUGAUGUAUAGCAGUCAUACAAGUAAAUAAGCAAUUGAUGAAUGAAUGGAAAUUGUUGGUGCCUUUUGGAUUUUACAAUGAAUGAAAUGUUGAAUGCUGAUUUGGCUAGCAAUUAAUAUUGGUUGGUUUCCAUUGCUG